AUGGCUGAAGCCGGAAUGCGACUCCGCAAGUGGACGCCCAAUGCUGUGGAACUACAGUGUGGAUUUGAUGAGGCCGAGGAACCACAAGCAUCCCAAGAACAAAGGAAGGUUCUCGGACUCGUGUGGCAGCACAACCAAGACAAAUUGCUGAUUCCCAUGGAAGGAGUAUUGCAUUUCGUCAGCACUGCAGCAAACACCAAGCGUUUUGUGCUACAGGCUUCAGCUCGAGUUUUCGACCCCCUGGGCCUUAUCGCUCCGUACAUGAUUCGGGUCAAGAUCAUAUUCCAGCAGCUGUGGGAACGUGAAAUCGGCUGGGAUGCGGAGCUGCCUGACGACCUUUCUGAGCUGUGGCAGCGGUGGUGCAUAGAACUGCCACUCUUGAAGGCUCUGGCCGUCGGCCGCUGCACCAUGCGGUGCCCAGCAGAAGGCGCCAGGUCGGUUCAACUUCACGUGUUUUGCGAUGCAAGCUUACUCGCCUACGGGUCGUGCGCCUACCUUCGAGUGGAGGGCGAAGACGGAGACACGUCUACUUGCCUCGUGAUCGCGAAGUCACGAGUAGCGCCGCUCAAGCGACUGACACUCCCUCGUCUAGAACUAAUGGGAACGGUGAUUGGGACACGUCUUGCCCGCUAUCUGAACGACACAAUGAACCUCCAGAUGAAGACGUUCUAUUGGACGGAUUCGACUAUUGCACUACACUGGAUUAGAGGCCAAGCCUCAAAGUGGAAGCCGUUUGUGGGAAACAGGGUGAAUGAGAUUCAGUCCGCAAGCGACCCCGCAAGCUGGAACCACUGUCCUGGAAGUCAGAACCCAGCGGCCAUGCUGACGAGGGGAAUUAGCGCCGAGACAUUGAUCGAAAGCGAACAGUGGUGGCAAGGGCCUGAGUGGCUUUCAACGGAACCUUGCAACUGGCCUAAGGGUCAGGCAUUCUACGACAGCAUCCCAGAGGUGCAAGAGGAACGAAAGAAAGAACACCACGUGCUGCACACAGCGGAGGAGAAGCGGCCGGAGCUCCUAAAUCUGAGCAGUUACAGUCGCAUAAUGAGACCCCUCAGGGUUACCGCUUGGAUGUUUCGGUUCAUCAAGAAUAUUCGAAACAGGCAAGAGCGGGCCGGAGGUCCACUUACUGCAGAGGAGCUCGAGCAGGCCGAGAAUUACUGGAUCGUGAAGGCUCAAGAAGCAUACAGAGCGGAAAUGGGCUCAGCGGGUGGAACCCGAAGCACGAACAGCGAAACCGCGUUACUGAAGCCCUUUGUGGAUGCGGAUGGACGAGUGAGGGUCGGUGGGAGGCUUCAGAAUGCACAGACCGAUGUGACAGUCAGACAUCCGCUGUUUUACCGCCAUCUCACCCCCUCACUGAACUUAUUGUAA